UUUGUGGGAUAUUUUUUCUCCCGCACAUGUUUUGGCUUGGGCGGUCAACGCCGACAGCCAGAACCGAGCAAGGACUCAAUUAGUUCACACAUUAGUAAGAAAGUUAGAAUAAUUAAAUUAUUUAAAGUAAUUCGAUAAGCUGGUGGAUUAAUAACAAUUAUUUGCGAGUUGGAGCGAUGGUCUAAUUUUAAGUAGAGGUGACAGUGCGCGUUCAAGAUACUAAACUUCUUAGCUAGAUUUAUUUAAAUUUGUGGUUUUCGACGUAAUUGAAAUGGACCAGAGCAAAGCAGACCCCCCACGACAAGAUGUGGCAAAGUUGUAUGAGAACAAACCAGCGCAGAGCUACACGAGCCCCAACAUUGCCUACUCGGACAACAGCCACAACCUGUUCCAAAUGAUCAAGUGUCACGAGGACAGCUUGCUGCGGUUGCAUCACUUGACAGCAGCCGGCCGCCACAACACCUACGAGCAAAAUUACCAAAGCGAGCUCCCCUGGUACUCCAAGCAGCAGUAUAUGAAGCCCGUCGAAUACCUGGCCUAUGAGGACACGAUUCGCCGAAAGUUCGACGAGAAAGAGAAGGAAGAUGAGAAGGAUAAGGAUGAGAGAAAGAAGCCGAGGAGGAACAGGACCACGUUUUCGAGUCAGCAGCUCGCGGCGCUUGAGAAGGUAUUCGAGAAGACACAUUAUCCGGACGCGUUCGUGAGAGAAGAUUUGGCAGCGAGAGUUAAUCUUACAGAAGCCAGGGUUCAGGUAUGGUUCCAAAACCGUCGCGCCAAAUUUCGUCGGAACGAGCGCUCCGCUCUCUCCAGCCGCACCCUGCCGUCCUCACCCGAGCCAGUCCCCGUGCCCAUCGGCCAACCCGACCGACCCGAGCUCAGAAACAAGGACUGGCUACACUUCCAACCCACAUUCAACGUCCCUAUCGUCAACUCCAUGUACCAGAACGAGUAUCUAAUGAUGCAGAACAACCUGAACAACAGACCGUACGUGCAGAACUCGCAGUUAAUGGGGUACAAUGAGGGGUACUCGUGCGGCCUGAUGGGGUACACUGCGCCGCUGCAGUCGCACGCGCCGUACAACUUGAAUCUGAGGCACCGCGAUUUUUCUAUUAAUAAUAUUACUUUAUAA